AUGUCUGGAGAGAAAGACAACCUGACUAAAUUAGAUCGCUGUGGGGAUUGGAACAACGUAGAAGGCGAGAAAUCGAAUGGUUCUGUUUUCAACACAUCCACAAAUAAUAACUGUUCCAGAGGAAACUUCGAUUUAUCUGACAUACUACUGAACAACCAAAGCCUUACAUGGAUCAAUAACAGUAAUCAGUACAAGAGUUCAAUAGGUCAUGAUUUUUUCACCUACGUCACCCCUUUUAUUUUCACUAUUGGCCUUGUAGGGAACAUUUUAUCCCUCAGGGUGUUCCUCACAAAAAACAUGCGUAAGCUUUCCGCUAGUGUUUACCUUGCCGCACUUUCUGUCGCUGAUCUUAUGGCCCUCUGUUUCUAUGUCUUGACGGAGUGGAUCCGACGGGGAAUUCCCGCCGAAAAUGGUCACGUGACAGCAUCGUUUCUGGAACAAAAUGGCGUUUGUCAGACUCUGCUGUAUCUACAGUACAUUUCGCGUUUUCUGUGCCCGUGGCUUGUCGCAUGCUUCACGCUUGAGCGUUAUAUCGGGGUGUGUCAUCCACUCAAACGGAAGGAUAUCUGUGACGUCAGAUCUUCCAGAAAAAUCGUGUUCACGCUUAUCAUUUUGGCUUUAAUCGUCUGCUCCUAUAAACCGUUCAUGAGCAAAGUACACGUGGCGGGAAAUUACAACGCGCCAACCUGCACACGCAAUGAAGAUCACAAAUAUUUGUCAUUCGUGUUGGACUGCGUGUUCGGAAUAUCUAUUACCUUUCUGCCUUUCGUUAUUAUCACGGUACUAAACGCCUUCAUCAUCCGGAAGUUGUUCAUUCGGAACAAGCGACAUCGGGAGUGCAAGGUAAUUACGGAGGAGAGCAUUAUCCGGCUGGAGUUCACAUUUAUUCUCAUAGCCAUAUCAUUCUGCUUUAUAGCGUUUAACGUCCCGUACACUGUCGUCUGGUACAAGCUCUUCGUCCUGUCACGUGACAAAGUAGAAAAGGUCUCCUUCCGCGAAACACAAGAUCUGCUCAAUUUUACGCGAACAAUCUUUUACAUAAACUACUGCAUCAACUUUUUUCUGUACAGCGUUACCGGAGCCUACUUCCGGAAAGAGCUCAAGAUGUUGUUCACAUAUAAAAGUAAAGCGUAUCAGAAUUAUCAUCGAUGUUCUGUGCAUAAUUCCAACUCCAACACACCCCAGUCAUGGUUAUAA